GUCAAACCAACAAUUUUUUUUUUUUGACCAACGGAACUCCAUUGUUGAAACAUUCAGACACCAGAAAGAUACACAAAACCCUCAAAUUCUUCACUUGUUUUUAUCUCUGAAACUCAUUUUGAUCUUUCCGUUGGAGACCCAGAUCUUUAAAAUGCAUGAUUUUUGCUUUACGAUCCCGUAUGGGUUGAUUAUGGUUUGUGGUGGGAUUGUUGGGUAUGCCAAGAAAGGGAGCACAGCUUCAUUGGCUGGAGGUCUGGGCACUGGAUUUUUGCUCAUCUUAGCUGGUUAUCUCAGCCUCAAAGCUUUCAAUAAGCGAAAGAACUCAUACCUUGCCUUGAUUCUCGAGACGGCUUGUGCUGUGAUACUCACGUGGGUCAUGGGACAGCGCUAUGCUCAGACGUCUAAGAUAAUGCCAGCCGGUGUUGUUGCCGUGAUCAGUGCGCUCAUGACUGGGUUUUAUUUGUACAAGAUUGCUAUGGGCGGAAACCAUAUCCCAGCUAAAACAGAGUGAUGGUAUCGAGAAUUUUUCUUGAUGCGAAUUCCAUACUGUAUGUGUGUACUAGGAUCUCAAAUACUGAUGCUUCUCUUAAAUCAUUUUACAUUUUGUCAUGUACUGGAUAUACUGGAUGAAAGGAAGUAUUCAUCCUAAUGAGAAAGAAUCCUGGUUUCUAACCAA